UUGACCCGGAAGCUUUCCUCUCCCUAUUCUAUUGUCAACAUGGCGGUGAAUCUAACUGAAUUAUCUCUUCCUCAAUUAGAAGGUCUGAAAACUCAACUUGAUCAGGAAACGGAGUUCCUGUCAUCAUCCAUAGGCCAGUUGAAAGUCGUCCAAACUAAAUAUGUGGAGGCCAAGGACAGUUUGAAUGUACUUAACAAAAGCAAUAAAGGAAAAGAACUCCUUGUCCCACUCACCAGUUCUAUGUAUGUGCCUGGAAAACUGAAUGAUGUGGAUCAUGUCUUAGUGGAUGUCGGAACAGGUUAUUUUGUGGAGAAGAAUGUCGAGGAUGGCAAAGAGUUCUUUAAGCGCAAAAUUGACUUCCUUACAAAACAAAUUGAGAAAAUUCAGCCUGCCCUUCAAGAAAAACAUGCUAUGAAACAAGCUGUCGUGGAAGUAAUGAAUAUGAAGCUUCAGCAGCUGCAAAGCCAACAGGCAUCACAGUCUUGCACCACUAAAGCCUAAACCGCUUUCAAGCAGCAUGGCAGAAAAUUCUGAGGAGAUCUUGAGCGUUCAACAUUUUUAUAUGGAUCCAUUCUGAUUCCUUAAAAUGGAGAACCACUGCUCUGAUGUCAAUAUGUUCACAUCUCUUCGGGGAGGAGAAGGAAGUCCAGCACUUUGCCUGUAUAAAACAACUAAUCAAUUUUUCUGUUGCAUGUCUUCACUCUCAUGUUUACUGAACAACUGAAGCAUUGGGCACAGCCUGGCUGUAUCCACAAAGCCGCCCAGCACUGGGAUUAAUGUCUUUGGAGGAGAUUUACUUUGUGGCAAACAUUUGCUGU